AAAAAAAUAUAAAAAUAAAUAGUAAAGCUUUUGUGAAAAACAAAAAAAUUCUGUAAACAUUUAUAAAUCUGAGUGGAUAUUGUUUUACUCUUUGUUUCUCCGUGUUUUGGGCCACAGAGCUGAGUAUCAUAUUUGCAAUUUUAUCGUAUUUUUGGAAGCACAGCAGAUAGCAGAAAGGAAUGGCACCGGUAUUUAGCAUCAUCCGCUAGACCUGAAAAGUAACAUUUACGAACUGCCAUGAAGUAAUCAGACUACAACAGUUAUACAUGCAAUAUAAGGCUAAAUUGGCACAUAAACAGCAGAAAUGAAACUGAGCCUGGGCUGAAACUGGUGGAAAAAGAAUUAGAGUAAAAAUGAAAUGCGUGCAGGCCUGCAGCAUAGUCUGAGUGUUACCUAGACUGACACUGGGGAUGGGGCGUGUGUAUCCCGGCGGGGCUCGCGAUGCCGACGCCCAGGUCCGUACACCUGCAUUCUCUCUCUCUCUCUCUCUCUCUCUCUCUUUCUCUCUCUCUCUCUCUCUCUCUCUCUCUCAGUGGGAGGCUUCUCGUAGGCGGCUGUCUGUGGCCUGUCUUUCCCAAUGAUAACAUUUUCCGUUUGUUGCUGAUUUGACAUUUGUGGCUGUGUUCCUUUCGUGUUUGUGUCUGCUAUUAUCUCAGUGUACCAUCCUGCCUAUUAAAUUACUUUUUUUUCUUGUUUCUGUGCAUGGUCUCAAGCAGCAGGGGGCGGUGUCUCUAUGCCCCGCCUGUCUUCAGUUAACACCUUGGCAGCCGGUCUCGCCUAGAUACAGCCCUCUCGCCUGCCUCCAGGCCUCCUGACCGCGGGGUUAGUUAAUCGAAGGCGAUGCCUCUGUCGGAUAUGGGUGCCUUUUCCACGGGGUCGAGUAGGGAGACGGGCAGAGCAUACCUCUGUUUGAGAGGCUGUCCAGAGACAUCUGAGUGAUGAAGUCCAGGUUGAGAAAGCGUUAAACCGUCCGUGAGAGAGAUGUGCAGUGUCACUCACUGACGUGUGUGACAUGUAUACCCACGGCUUCAGGUGGCACUUACUGCAGAUCGGAAAUCGUGGAGCACUGGGUUAAUGGGCUGUGAUGCGUAAUGGGGUGUGACGGGUCUCAGGCCUCUCUCGCCGUGAGACAUUGAUGCGUCACUUUGCGAACAGCCAUGACGAAUGGUGGCGAGGCGUUAAACCCCAGGUAACCCCCAGAGCAGAGCAGGUUCAGAGAUGAGUAUGUGCUGUGAAAUCCCCCUCCUUUUCCCUGUUUUCCCCUUCGAGAUGCCAGACAUUGGCACGUUAGAAGUUGUCACCUAACGCAGUGAUUAACACCCUUGGGCGUGUCUCAGUCCCGAAAGGAGGUGUGGGAUGGGCGGGGCCAGCCGUGGCCGAGGAAUCGAAGAGUGUGUCCUUCUGUGAUGCGGCAUCACCUUUAACUGCCCUCGGACUAAAACGGACCCCAGUGAGCACGGGGUUCCCUCGGCACGCGUUGUCGUCACAGUGACGAAUGAAGAAAGGCAGGUUCUGACUCCGGCUUCUGAAAGGUGGCGCUGAAUGGCCACGCCGUGCGUAUUGUUUGUAACCAGACUGAGCGCUGAUAUGACUCACUCCUGUUUCUGACUGGUGGUGUGGGCUGAUUCACGCGAGUCGUCCUUAAUCAGUCCACGGCCUCCGAGUGCUGACACUCUCUUUGCCAGUGCGUGCCCCGAAAGGCGUCGCGUCUCCCUGGUCUGCUCCCAUCAGUCCUCUCUUUUAUUUAUCUCUCUUCCUUUGGGUCCACUUCGGAGGGCUCUCCUCCCACCUUCCUGAGAGGGCACCUCGUCUAAAGGUAGAAUGGUCCAGCCGCGCCGCCGGGCAGUUUAGGAGAGACGAAGGCCCAGGACAGUGACAGCAUGACUCUCAGGGCGUGAGCGGGAUGUCCGUGGAUGAGAAGCCUGAGGCCCCCAUGUACGUGUAUGAGUCGACGGUCCACUGCGCCAACGUGCUCCUGAGCCUGAACGACCAGCGGCGGCGCGACGUGCUCUGCGAUGUGACCGUGCUGGCCGAGGGGAAGGAGUUCCGGGCGCACCGCGCCGUGCUGGCCGCCUGCAGCGAGUACUUCCUGCAGGCCCUGCUGGAGCAGGCAGACAAUGAGCUGGUGGUCAGCCUGCCAGAAGAGGUCACAGCCCGGGGCUUCGGCCCGCUGCUGCAGUUCGCCUAUACGGCCAAGCUGCUGCUCAGCCGAGAGAACAUCCAGGAGGUCAUCCGGUGCGCUGAGUUCUUGCGCAUGCACAACCUGGAAGAUUCCUGCUUCCGCUUCCUGGAGGCACAAUUGCGCAGCGAGGAGGACGGCCUGUUGCUCUGCCACAGGGUGGCGCCGCUGCCCCCAGCCCGGGAGGCGGGUGACCACUCAGACGAUGAGGCCAUGCAACCAGAAGCACCCGCCUCCACCUCGCCGAAUAGCGCUAUGGGCAACCACGACGAGAGGCUGGCGGUGGGGGUGCCCGGGGACUGUGCCUCGGACAUGCCCCGCUGCCCCAAGUACAGGAAGUACCAGGGCUACAACAAGCACAAUAACAGCAACCCCUCACACAGCAGUACCUCAGGGUUUCCCAGCACGCUCGUGGAGAGUGACGGAGGCAGCAGCAGCUUCCUGGGCCAGGCCAGGCCGGCAGUGGUGCACAUCAAGGAGGAGCCGCGCACCGAGGACGAGGCUGUCUCGCUGUGCCUGUCGGGAGACGAGCCAGAUGGCGUGGCCGGCAUGGAGAUGGAUGACGAGGAGCUCAACGCACCUUCCCCCCCCUGCCAGCGAGCCUCCCUCCGCAAACCCGCCGGAACGGUGGGCCAGCUGUUCGCCGCACAGUUGACCGCCCCCCAGGACAAGGGGGCUGCUCAGAGCGACCGCAGGAAGGACUAUGGGCCUUUUGACACUGAGACAGGCGAUCUCGUGACAUCCCCCAAGGAGCUCGACGGCUUCCCCGGGGGCCUGCCCUGGAAGGCAGCGUCCUGCGAUGGGGUGUGCAGGCCGGAGGCAGAGCCCGACCGCAGAAGUGUCAUUUUCUCUUCAUGCGAGCAACUCGGCCCCCCGGUGCACUCCUACCCCAGGGGCAACUCUGUAGAGAAGGAGCUUGCAGAGCACGCCUCAAAGAGCCUGUGGGUGGGGACAGCCCUGUCUCUCACCACCUCCCAAGCGUACCCACCCAGCAGCGGUGGUGCCGUGGAGCCCACACCGCAUUUCCGGUCACGGCCCAACACCAGCUGUCCUGUUCCGAUCAAAGUGUGCCCCCGCUCACCUCCCUCAGAAACCAGGACCCGGACCUCCAGCUCAUGCUCCUCCUACUCCUACGCUGAGGAUGGCAGUGGGGGCUCCCCCUGCAGCCUGCCACAGUUCGAGCUCUCCUCGUCGCCCUGCUCCAAUGCUGCGCGCUGCCUUUCUGCCGACCAGCAGGACCAGGGUGUGCAGGCUGGGGACACCAUCCUCGGCCGGGUGCGACCCAAUAUCAAGUGCGAGCAGUCGUAUGGCACCAACUCCAGCGACGAGUCAGGCUCACUGUCGGAGGGGGACAGCGAGUCCUGCCACAUGCAAGAUCAGGGGCCGGAGGUCAAACUUCCCUUCCCUGUCGAUCAAAUCACAAAUCUUCCACGGAAUGACUUCCAAAUGAUGGUGAAGAUGCACAAACUGACCUCAGAGCAGCUGGAGUUCAUCCACGACGUCCGGCGGAGGAGCAAGAACCGCAUCGCGGCUCAGCGCUGCCGCAAAAGGAAGCUGGACUGCAUCCUCAACCUGGAGUGCGAGAUCCGCAAGCUGGUGACUGAGAAGGACAAGCUACUGACAGAGCGCAGCAAGCUGGAGGCCUGCAUGGGUGAGCUGUGGGAGAACUUCUCUUGCUUGUCACAGGAGGUAUACCGGGAUGUGCAGCUCAGUCCAGAGCAGGUCCAGUCACUGCACCGCUACUGCCCAGUGCUGCGACCCAGCGAGCCCACCGCCACAUCCCCCACCCCCUGCUCCCCCUCCGCUGCCGCUGCCUCCACCAGCAUCGACCUCACUACCAGCUCCAGUUCACCCACCCCAGAGCCCCGUACCCUCAAGUCCCCCUGCCAUCCUGAGAGCGAAGCCGGCCCAGCCCGCUGGGCUCUGGGCAACGGGGCCGACAACCUAGGGGGUGUGGUUCUAGCCAACGAAGGCCGAGAGUCGGCCGUGUACCUGGAGUCAGGGCUGACCUUCGAACAGACUAACCAGACAGUCACCGAUUUCUGCCAGGAAAUGACCGAUAAAUGUACCACUGACGAACAGCCCAGAAAGGAAUAUACCUAGUGAUAGUGGACAUCACUUCCUCUUUUUAUUUAAUUAUCUCCUGACAAACCUCGGCCUGAGGUUAAGUUUCUCAAGACCUGCCAAUGUUCUUCAAAAAAAAAAUCGUUUUGUUUUGUAUUUUUGUAUUAUGUUGUAUUUUUUUGAAGGUCAACACUACAGUGGUCUUAACAGCAGCAAUACUUAUCUCACAGUAUUUCCUUCAAACCAUGACAUUGUGAGACCCUCUCACAGAACUUCUUCUUGAUGGUGCUACCCCGCCACACCCCGGCUGUGACCUCUGCAGUGGAACCACUGCCUCUGUGUUUUACACUUUCAAAACAGGGAUGGGCAGCUCACAUCUCAAAGCUGAAAACCUCCAUGGACCUAGAAGCAGCUCUGAUCACUCCCUCUCUCCCUCUCCCUCUCAUUUUCAAUGGCCCUUGUCACAGCAAUUCAGUCUCAGGAAAUGUUUUCUGAAUGUUCAAUAUUGUUCAUGAAAAUAAGAGUACAACUUCUGUACACUGGGAAUUUUAUACAGCCCCAAGACUGUACGUGUCCAUAUGCAAAAAUUUCUCCUGUACAGCUCAUUUAUAGCGUUUCGAUACUGGAACUCCCAACGUAUAUUGUACAGACGUUUGUACCUAAACAUUCCUCUCUUGCCUUCUGCAGUGCUGACACUGAAAAACACACAGAGACAAGUGUUGGUACGUGGUCACAUAGCUAAGCUCCUCACACAUCAGCAAUACCAUUCUUUAUGGGCGGGUUUAACAGUUGAUAUUUAAGUGCUCGUUUGUCCAGAACUGUAUUGUAUAUAAUAUGAAGCAUGGUGACAUUUGUCACAGUAAAAUUGUACAGCUAGUGGUUAAUGUUUUUUUUCCCCAUUGGGUUUCAUCAGACAUAUUUUGCUGCUGGAAAAUAUUAUUUGGCUGUUUCCUGUCAAGAUUGAACGUCGAGUAUUCUGAAACUCAGGAAAUCAGCUUCUCACACACACGUACAAAGACGUACAAAGACAUACAUGUGCACACACUGCAUAUUCACACGAAUGGGAUCCAGAGCCCCUUGCAUGUUCCUACCAGUUACAAUUUGGAUGUUGAUGAAGAGGUCAAUAGGAAAUAUGUUUUUAAACAGUGGAUGCUUUCAAUUUGAUUUUAUGUGAAUCUUUUUUAUCUUAUGGAAGCAAGUUUUGGCUUGAGAGGAAGUUUGUGUUGAGACGCCUUUCUUCCUUAUUGGUUUUAAAGGCUAUUAUAUGUAUUUGAGAAAUCCUUUUCUGAAGAAGAGAGGUGGGAAAUUGCAUCAGUGUUAAAUGUCCUGAUGUUAAGGACGAAUGCCACUGGGAGGCGAUGAACGUUUACAAAGGAAACAAGCUCUCCAUUUAAACAUCAUGUAGGGACGUAGAUCUCCACAGACUUCAGUCUACAUUCCGGCACUUUCUGUCUCGCACUAGGCACUCGCAAUAUCAGUAAGCACUUCGAGGAGGGUUAUCCCUCCGUUCAAAUUCCCAGAAAGGUAGAAAAUUAAAGCACUUAAAUUGGCAUCAGAGCUUCACCUCUAAAGAAUUGGUGUGCUAUUCUCUUUAUGUUGUCUUUUAGUGUCUAAUAUGAAAAAAAGAGUUUAUUCAAAAAUGCAGACUAUUUAAAUUGCAGAAUAGGAAUACAGCUGUUGCAAUCUGUGGAGAUAUUGAGUAUUUGUGUUUGUAUUUGUUUGAGGAUAGAAUAAGCUAAUUAAUGACUGAGUUCGUUUGCCAUGUGGUCAGGUAGAUGUUGUUUUAAAAGAAAAGAUAGUGGAACAAUCAUGUGGAAUAGUCAUAUUUUUCCCUAAUUGUAAAUUUUGUUAAAAACCUAUUAAUGCAGUGGGAAUGCAUGUUCCUUGUAUUAUUUCUCUUGUCUUGCGUUUUCUAGGUCUGUAGUCCACAGAUGAAUAUUUAGUCUCCCUUGUCUUGAUAUUUACAAAAACAGGAAUUGCAGAAUCAGAUCCCUGAAAGCCGUGCAGGGUUUCAGCUAGAAACCUGUAGUGAUGGUACUGAAUCCAGAGAGAAUGUUAUUUUCGGGUGAAUAUUGUCUCCGUAGAAGGUAAAGGAGCAGAGAAUCUUUAUUCGACUUCCCUGAGAAGACAAAUGAAAGACUUCCUGUCUCACUUUGGCUCACUUACCCAGUUGUCUUAGUUUGCGCAUGUAUAUGCGAGUCUGAAUGUGGGUGUGUGUGUGUGUCUGUGUGUCUGUGGGUGUGUGUCUGCGCACGCACGCACGUAUGUGUGUUUUCGCUUGUUGAGAGAAUUUUUUAAUGGAGGGAAUGUGAUCGUGAGUAUCCUUGUUUUACUUUCUAAUUUAUUUUAUUUCCCUUGUGUUUUUCUGUUACCACCACUCGUGUUUAGUGGAAAUGAGAACCGUCAUUUGGUGAGAAGCUAGGAAAUGACAAACAAUGUCAGAUACACACCACACACACACACAAAAACACGCGGGGCGCCCCCUACUGGCCCUGGCUUUGAACUUUUCCCCUCAAAGGUGACGUGGAAAGUAUAUGUGACGAAAAGCACAUUCAAAAAAAUGAAGGGGCAGCCUUGCACUGGCUGCUGUCACGUCCAUAAACGCUUUAAGGUUCCUGCAGUAGAUCGUCAUUGUCAUCCAUAUUCCAUGUUUAGUACACUUAGCGUGUCUGUAGCACUUCGCUGGGUCUCUCUCCAUGUCAUCACUCCCAUCCAUCCCGUUACUGUACCAAAUGCAGCCCUGGAGUCAUAUCCGCGGUGCUUUCUGCGGGGGUGAGAGCACUUCCUCUCUCUUAUGGGGACUUUCCUGCAGUGGCUGAAUGAGCGCGCAUUCCUUAGCCAGCCCACUGUGCUCUGCUGUCACUCCAUUUCCUUGGCAACUGACAACUACCUGGCCAGAUCUGACUCCAAGCCCAAGUCUAAUAAGCUUUCGUGCACUGUCAUCUCAGUAAUAUAUUGACAUUUUCAUUUUUUAUUAUUUUUAUUUUUUUUUUACAUAUUCUUUGAUAUCGUCUCAGGGUGCCAACAGUGUAAGAUUUUUUUCCCCCCCAUUCUGACUCUUCUGCCGUAGCAUUUAGUGAACUUUUGUUUUGGAUGUUCUCCUCGUCCAGUUAUAUCAUGUCUCAGACUCAGCUCCGAGUCAUUGUCACCAGUGUAGAUCAGACAUGUACAGCACGGAUGGUUUUCUUCAGCUGUCUAAGGCGACGCUCCCUGGCACAUGUCCAAAACGGGUGAUUUGCCUCGGGUGCCGAAGUAUUGAGCCGGACAUUUAUGAGAAUCCUGUCCGGCCACGGACAGAGAGGCUCGACCUGACGAAUGACGUGACGGACCCGCGUUUUCGAAAGCUGUAAUUGCCGAUGGGCAGAAUUAAAGUGAUGCUCUUAGCGUUUUAUGUUGGACUUCGUGUUUGUAUAUUCGCUGCUUCUCUUCUGAGAAAUAACACUGGCUUUCCAGAGGAGUCAUUCUGUCAUUAUUUGCAGUACUUUAUAAUUCUUGGAAAUAUGAGCGAACGCACAGGUUGAUGUCAUGUAUAGAGGACGAAAAAAAACGAUAAUGUUUACAAAAACUAGAGUCAUCGCGUGUUGUGCAUUCAGUUGACUCGUCCUGUAUAUAGAAUGAAAUUCAAUCGGGUCGAAUGUUUCGCUCUUGGAAGCGUGUUCAAAACUAAAAAAAAAAAAAAAAAAAAAAAAAAAUGGCCACUCUUUACUAUGCGUUUUAUCUUGCAAAUUACCUGAUCCCCUGGCGGCGUGUUACUAUGGAUACAAGUGCACCUCUAAUUUUUGCCUUAGACUUUUACAGAGGCCAUAAUUCACAUUUAAGUGAAGUGUAUGCAAGGGCCUGUGCCCCUUUGCUGAGUCAACAGUAUAGACUUUCUCACACUUAUCUACCUGUGAAAUGUUCAUACCUCUCAUAACUGGUCAAUGGCUGUAUCAGCAACCACAUCAGGUGUUUUUUCUACAUGCUUUUUACACAGAUUAUAUGGAUUAUUGUAUUGGUAGGUUUUGGUGCACCAUUUUUUAAAUGUUAACGGUUCUUAAGCUUGUAGUUCUUUUAUUUUCUCUUGGGUUUUUUUUUUCUUAGAUGACUGUUUUGUGUUAAUAUUGUCGAUUUUGAGAUAGCUGUGAUAUGCUUAUUCUCUUACCUAGACUUUUUACUUUUUUUGCUACACAACCCUAAUUAAAUUUAAUUACUUUUCCCCAAUUGUAAAUACAGUAUUGUGCAACCUCAUUUUCAUUCAUUUCAAACAGUAGUGUUAUAUAAAUGAUUUUCAUUUUUUAUUUUUUUUUGUCUGGACACCAUUUCUGUUAAUGAAAUAAAGAACAUAUGUAUAAAGCGUG